AUGCCUGGAGCUAAGCGAACGGCGAGCGGAAGCCUCCCCGACUGGAAUGCAUUCUGGCGAAGUUGGGGACGAGUCGCACGCAAUGGGAUCAGUGCAAACGGAAAGCGAUACAGUCUCCCGCAUGUAUUGCAAGCGUGGGCCCUUGUUCUCGCUGUUUUGUAUCUCAUGCUUCUUUGGGCCAGCCGAAGUGCAUCCGAAGAUACUUUGGCGGCGAUACUCUCGGAGGAGGUUGCCAUGACAGACGCCGAGUUUUUCCAAAAUCGUCAUCUUAUCUUUUGUGUCUCACCGGGUAGGUCUGGCUCCGCCUACCUCAGAAAUGUGCUCAAUGUUGCCGAAGGUAUCAUUGCUCGACAUGAGCCGGAGCCGAAAAUGAACGGACCUAUACUUGAGCAGGUGAUAAUAGAGGGUAAGCGAGAGGACACGUUUCAGAAGCGCAGUGCAUUAAAGCUAUCGUCUAUACGUGAAGCUCUCGAAGGGACGCCCCAAGACGUUGUAUACGCUGAAACGAGUCACAUGUUCGUCAAGACAUUUGCAGAUGUCAUUUUGGACGAGAUCGGAGACUUGGCAAAAAUUUCAAUUCUCUUCCUCCGACGACCCACCAAGGAUACUGUGUGGAGCCAGCUGCAGCUUGGGUGGUUUUCAAAAGGUCAUUCCGGGAAGAACCUUUGGUACUACAAUCCAAAUGAUGUUCAUAAGUCAGAGAUGCAAAUACCUCUUACUCUUAAUGCCUCCGAUGCCGUCGAGUCCUUGAUAGGAUACAACGCUGAUAUACAGCAGAGAGGUUCAGAAUUGGGGCAGAAAAUUAGAAGAAUGCACAAGCAAAAGAAAUGGCGUCAUGUUCGCAUGCGUGAGGUUCUGCUAAUGGACAUAUCUGGAGCCUCAGUCGAAUCCGGGACGCUCAAAUUGUUAAGCAGUCUCGGUUUAAGGGUAGAAAGGAGCAAACUGGACAUGCUCAGCGAGCAGGAUACAAACGCAAGAGAUGCAAAAAAAGAACGACGUCAUGUAGAGACAACAAAAGAUGAUGUUGAGCAUCAUCUGGAUGUGAUGAAGCGCCAACAUAGUUUUCUGCGAGAAGUCUUGUACUAGUUAGAAGUCAAGCUCAGUAGUAAGCUGAUUCGCGAGACCUUGGUGCGCCCCAAACCGCUAGGCAGGUAUCAACAUUGGUCAGGGUGCAUAGAAGACUCCAAAAUAGCGCCUUCGUAACUCGGAGGGUUCAAACUCAACUGAUCCUGAAGAAUACGCAGGGUGCUUCUAUACACUCUCUGGCGACAAUACAAGAAGCAAACAAUGUCACUCUUCUCAAAAGCAAGCCUGUAAAAUAAAGAAGCUUAGCACAAUACUGUAUA